AUGGCCGCCCGGUCGACCCACUCGGCCACCUUCUCCGCCAUCUCCCUAACCAUCGCCGUCAUAUUCUUCGCCAUGUCAAUGAUGUCAUCAUCGGCCGAUUCCGACAGCGGAUUCACGUCGGCCAACCCAGCAUUCACCGUUCGCGGCCGAAUCUGCUGCACUAGCGACGGCACGUGCCCGACCAACCCCAAGGACCAUGAUCGAGCCUUUGGAAUCGGCAACAAUAUUCCCGUAAAGCUUCGGUGCGCGGUUUACAAUCCCAACCAAUACUAUAGCGACAACCAAGGAGUUUACGAAAACAAGACGGAUACUCGUGGGGCAUUCAGCUUUAGUGUGGGCCCGAGCGAGUUCCCAACAUAUGGGCCCGUCGAUGAUGUCCGUUGCAAGAUCAUCGGCAAGCAAGCUGACAUCAGCGCGCAGAAUUGUCUCGGGCUUGCUAAAAAGUCGGGCUACAUUGUGUCCGAACUCAAUUUUCGGAAAUGCCAAAAGAAAUCACUGACUGUAAAAGCCGGCGCACAACCACUGACCGACCGCUUGAGUUCUAUUUGCUCUUCUUUCUUUUCAAGUCCCUUCUUUGGUGCAACUUGGAAUAGGUUUUCGAACAUGCAGUGA